UUACGCUAUUACAGCCCGUCCCCCCUCUUUUUGCCGUAUAUUUAUUUAUAUUCUUAUUCUUCUAAUCAAAAUCAUGUCCCCUUCUUCUCUCUCUAUAAGUUCCCCUCUCUCUCCUCGUCGCUUCUCAACUCCUGCUUCCUCCUCUUCUUCUACUUUGUCGUCGUCCUACUUGUUUUCUUCUUGCUCUUUACCUUCUACCUCAGCAUCAACGUACCCACCUAAAAAUUUUGUUAAAGUUUCUUGCUUUUCUACCUCAAGAGCACAACCCGUUGUGCUACUUUGCAUAAAGACGCAAUCUUUGCAGUGUGCUACUAAAGCCCACAAGAAAGGCGCAGCUGCUGCAAGGCUAAAAAGGGCUAGGCAGAGGAAGCCCUUUUUUGCAGCUAACAGCAACAUGACCAUUACAGAGUACAUGGAGGAAGAGGAGGAGAGUCCCCCUCCCUUGCUCGAAUCUGAGAUGAAUUCAAGGCCCAGGCGAAUUGCGCUUUUUAUUGAGCCCUCUCCCUUUUCUUAUGUUUCUGGCUAUAAAAACCGGUUCCAGAAUUUCAUCAAAUAUCUACGCGAAUUGGGAGAUGAGGUGAUGGUUGUGACAACGCAUGAAGGAGUACCCCAGGAAUUUUAUGGAGCAAAAUUGAUUGGAUCAAGGAGCUUUCCAUGUCCCUGGUACAAAAAGGUGCCCCUUUCACUUGCUCUGAGCCCUAGAAUUAUCUCAGAAGUUGCCAGGUUUAAGCCAGACAUUAUACAUGCAUCAUCUCCUGGUGUCAUGGUAUUUGGUGCUCUUGCCAUAGCAAAACUACUAUGCGUGCCCAUAGUGAUGUCUUACCACACUCAUGUUCCGGUGUACAUACCAAGAUACACCUUUAGUUGGCUGGUAAAACCUAUGUGGUUAAUAAUAAAAUUUCUUCAUAGAGCUGCUGAUCUUACUUUGGUACCAUCUGCUGCAAUUGGAAAGGAUCUUGAAGCUGCUCAGGUGACAGCAGCAAAUAGAAUUCGUCUGUGGACUAAGGGUGUGGAUUCGGAGAGCUUUCAUCCGCGGUACCAUUCUGAUGAGAUGCGAUUAAAACUAAGUGGUGGAGAACCUCAGAAACCAUUGAUAAUUCAUGUUGGCCGACUUGGAUAUGAGAAGAGCUUGGAUUUCCUAAAAAGGAUCAUGGACAAGCUUCCAGAAGCACGAAUAGCUUUUAUUGGAGACGGGCCAUACAGAGAGGAGCUAGAGAACAUGUUCAGAGGCAUGCCUGCUGUAUUCAUGGGAAUGUUACAUGGUGAGGAGCUUUCUCAGGCAUAUGCUAGCGGAGAUGUUUUUAUUAUGCCUUCAGAAUCAGAGACACUUGGGCUCGUUGUUUUGGAGGCAAUGUCAUCAGGACUUCCUGUGGUGGCUGCUCGUGCGGGAGGAAUUCCAGACAUAAUUCCUGAGGAUCAGCAAGGUAAAAUUGGGUAUCUAUUUAAUCCUGGAGAUGUCGAUGAUUGUUUGAGCAAGCUGAAGCCCCUGUUACAUGAUCUCGAAUUGAGAGAAACUAUUGGAAAUGCUGCAAGACUAGAGAUGGAGAAGUUUGAUUGGAGGGCUGCAACUCGAAAGAUACGCAAUGAGCAGUACAAUGCUGCAAUUUGGUUUUGGAGGAAGAAGAGAGCACAGUUACUAAGGCCAUUUCAAUGGUUAUUUAAGCGUAUUUUUCAAGCACCAGAGGUUGACUACAGGUGAUCCGCAUGAUUCGUGAAGUUCAGACACAAGAUAUUCUUGAAAAAGUUGGUAUUAUUUGGUGUAAUCGAAAAGACAUUGGGGAUAAAUGCGUGACUGAUUGCGGCUGUGUAUUGAGUUGUACAAUAUUGGCUGGAAAAUUUGGUCAAUUCUGCUGUCAUUGAUUAAAUAUAUGAUGAUUUUAAGUAGAUGUAAGCUCAGUGUGAUGAACGUAGGAAGGCAGAAUUUUUAAUGUGUGCUAGCAAUUUUAAUUUCCUUGGAAGAUAAUAAGUGUUUAACGUGGGAGCAGCAUUUCCAUGACCGCUCCCUCAAUUUAGUUUGUGAUGAAAAGAAGGUGAAACAAA